AUGAAAAAUACCAAGAAAUCGAAAAAUAAAGUAGUUAAAGAUAAACAUACAAGAAAUAAACAUACAGAAAAUAAACAUACAAUAGAUGUAGACAUAAAUGAUAAAUAUACACUCAUGUAUCCUAAUUACCCCACUGAUAAAUCUCUAUAUGAACCUAUGACCAGUCAAUUAUGUUUAUAUAAAGUGCCUAAUAAUAGACCAAUAAGAAUAUAUUGUGAUGGUGUAUAUGAUGUAUUUCAUUAUGGCCAUUCUAGAAGUUUAAAACAAGCUAAAUAUUUAUUUCCUAAUGUACAUUUAAUUGCUGGUGUAACAUCCGAUAAAAUGACUGAGGAAUACAAAGGCUCUACGUUAUUUUCUGAAAAUGAACGGGCUGAAAGUCUUAAGCACUGUAGAUACGUAGAUGAGGUUAUAGAACACUGUCCAUGGGUUAUAACAGAAGACUUUAUUCUAAAACAUAACAUAGAUUUUAUAGCACAUGAUGAGGCACCUUACAGACACGGCGAUGUAGAUGACAUUUACAAGAUCUAUAAAGAUAAAGGGAUAUUUAUACCAAUAAUGAGAAGUAAAGGGAUUAGUACCAGUAAAAUAAUUACUAAUAUAGUAAAAGAUUAUGAUAAAUAUGUAAUAAGAAAUAUAGAGCGAGGAUGUACACCUCAAGAAUUAAAUAUAAGCUUUUUACAAUUUAAUAGACUUAAAUUGACUAAAUUAAUUAAUUCUAAAUUUAAACAACAAAUAAAUAAUCUAAUGGAUGAUAUUAACAAUAUUAAGAGUGAGUUUAGAUAUGCGAAUAUGUACUGGGACAUGGUUAUAAAUCGACUGGUGACACGAUUUAAGCGAGAGAGAAUUAUUGAGCGGAUUAUUGAAUUUAUACGGUAA